GCCAUGCCGCUCGGAUGUUUCCCAGCACCGCCCCCUUUCUUGCCGGCACCCGGCGACCCGGCUGUGCCGUGGCAGCAGUGGAAACGCGUAUUCCUGAAUUUCCUGGAGGCCAUUGGCGGCGAUGAACUGAAGCCGAAGCGUUGCAAGGCAAUUCUGCUAAACUCGCUCGGGGUUGAAGGAGCAGACGUGACCGCGGACGCCAAGGCCGAGGACAAGGUGGACCAGUUCAAGGACGCGCUUGCUGCACUGGAUACGCAUUUCGCGAGCGCUACGAAUGAUUUGGUGGAGCGGCGCCGGUUUCGCCAAAGACGACAACUGCCUGGUGAGACCUUUCAAGCAUUUACAGUCUUCGGGAACUUGCGUCUACUUGCAAUUUUGGCAGUGCUACCGAUAGCAUGA